AUGGCAUCCCACAACGUCCUCGACAGCCCCGACUCCUAUACGGUCGCCUGGAUCGCUGCUCUUCCCAUCGAGCGGGCCGCUGCAGAAGCGAUGCUCGAUGAGCAACAUGCAGCUCCAUUUGGUUUCACCCGACAGCAAACUGACGCGAACGUUUAUACUUGGGGCCGCUUGGGAGAGCACAACGUCGUCAUUGCCUCUCUACCCGCUGGAGUCUACGGAACCACCUCGGCUGCGACCACGGCCUCUCACCUACUUGCCUCCCUGCCAUCCAUCCGUGUUGGUCUUUUGGUCGGCAUAGGCGGCGGCAUCGCUCGACCGGACGAGGGCCGCGAUAUCCGGCUCGGCGACGUCGUCGUGUGCCAGCCCGAUGGGGCCACGGGCGGCGUUUGCCAGUACGACCUGGUCAAGGCAAAGUCGGGUAACAAGCGUGAGCAUAAAGGCUUCCUCGGGCGGCCUCCAACGGUCCUCCUCAAUGCGCUUGCCAGCAUCCAGGCCGAUCACGAGCGGAAAGACCCUAAAAUUCCCUGCUUCCUCCAAGAGAUGCUGGAGAAGAACCCGAGGAUGGGCAAGAGAUCCAAGCAAAAUCCUGGCUAUGCUCACCAGGGCGUCGACAAUGACCGCCUCUUUAAAGCGUCAUGCGAUCACGUCCCAGGGCCGGACUGUCGGGGCUGUGACACGGCUGACGAGGUUCAACGCGAUCCUCGAGAAUCUACUGACCCAGAGAUCCACUACGGGAUCAUCGCAUCCGGCAACACACUUAUCAAAGACGCUGCUACGCGCGAUCGGAUUGUUGCUGACGUCGGCGAGGAUUGCAUCUGCGUUGAGAUGGAAGCGGCCGGCCUGAUGAACCACUUUCCCUGUCUUGUGAUCCGAGGCAUCUGCGACUACGCCGAUUCUCACAAAAACGAUAGGUGGCAACGCUACGCCUCGGCCACCGCCGCUGCGUAUGCCAAGGAGCUCCUGGCGUACGUGCCGUCCGCGGAGGUCCACGAGACCAAGAGGGCACUGGAAGUGCUUCAGUCGGUAGUUCAACAACAGAUCAAUGGCGUGCAGCAGACGGCAGUUGCAGCGAAAGCUGCAAUUGAUUCCAUCAGGUUUGACCUUCGUGCCGAUAAGAUCAAGCGCUGGCUUUGUCCCCCAGAUCCGUCUGCAAACGCCAACCACGCGAGGAAGCUUCGCCAUGAGGGUACAGGCGCAUGGCUCCUGGAAAACCCGGUCUUCAGGGACUGGCACUCGGGGUCGCGUCGACAUUUAUGGCUGAACGGGAUCGCGGGAUGUGGAAAAACAGUUCUCAGUUCGACUGUGCUGGAUCAUCUUGCGAAGGGAAACGACCGUCUCAUCCUUAGCUUCUUCUUUGACUUUAGCGACACGACAAAGCAGACCGUGGAUGGCAUGCUGCGAUCGCUCGCUUUCCAACUGUACCAAGGCGGGCCUGGUUCUGCAGGUCUUCUAGACGCCUCCUUCCAAGCACACCAGAAUGGGCGCGACCAACCGGGUACGAAGGCGCUCGAGGACAUUGUGAACAAGAUGUUCGCAGUCCAGAAGAAAGCUUCUAUUGUUCUGGACGCCUUGGAUGAGUCGACGACAAGGGGUGAACUUCUCCUGUGGAUGAACGACGUGGUGUUCAGGCCAGAGUUGGGCCAUGUCCAGCUGAUUUGUACCGGUCGGCCAGAACCCGAGUUCGUGCGCGUCGUCCCCUCGUUGAUAGGCGAGGAAAACUGCUUGGCACUCGACAAGAAUUCCGUCAACGCCGAUAUCCGAUCGUACGUCAUAGCACAGCUUUUGCAACGACGUGAGUUUCGGGACCAGCGCUUGUCCCAGGAUCUCCUCGAGAGGAUCCAGAGGAAGGUUGGCGACGGGGCCGACGGGAUGUUCAGAUGGGCGUUCUGUCAAUUGAACAGCCUGGCUCGAUGCCCUCAUGAGGCGGCUAUUGAGGAAAGUCUCGAAUCUUUACCACGGAACCUGGAAGAAACAUACCGACGCAUGAUUCAAAACAUACCGGCGGACCGUCAAAGAGACGCGAUACGGCUCCUGCAGUUUCUAGUGCACUCGAAGAGACCUCUUAAGCUGGCCGAGGCUAAAGAAGUAAUAGCAACACAGAUCGAACACGAGCCACGGUUUGACGUCAAACGUCGACUGUUUCACGAGACCUACGUUUUAGACUACUGUCCCGGCUUAGUGACAGUCAUUCACGCAACCGAUGAGGAGCGCGAUUCCACCGAUAAGGAGCUACAUCUUGCCCACUUUUCCGUCAAAGAGUACCUCCUUGAAGACAACCAAUUCAACAUCCCGACUGCCAGCAUUUCCAUCACGACGACGUGCUUGACUUAUCUUACAGACAUCAACGGUGAUUACGAAAAAAUCAAGCGGGAUUUUCCAUUGGCAAGAUAUGCGGCAGAAGUCUGGGUGAACCACGCUGCGUUAGUUCAGGAUUCGGAAGAUAUAGUUCGAGCGACAAUCAGCUUCCUAGAAAAGGAAGCAACGUUCCAACGGUGGGCUCGACUAUAUCAGGCUGAUAGGGCGUGGGACCAUGACCCAGGUCCCCCACAAGGAUCCAGGCUCUACUAUGCUUGUUUCGUUGGACUCGUAGCGUCUGCACGGGAUCUCAUCAGCAAAGGAGCAGACGUCAACGCUCAGGGUGGCUACUACGGAAACGCUCUCCAAGCCGCCUCAUGGGGAGGCUAUCAACAGAUUGUUAAACUGCUGUUGGACAAGGGAGCGAACGCCAACGCGCAGGGUGGCCGAUACGGCAACGCUCUCCAGGUCGCCUCGGCGAGAGGCCAUCAAAAUAUUGUCAAACUGCUCUUGGACGAAGGAGCGGAAGUCAACAAGCAGGGCGGCGAAUACGGCAACGCUCUUCAGGCCGCCUCAUCGGGAGGCCAUCAAGAUAUUGUCAAACUCCUCUUGGACAAAGGAGCG